UGAAAAUGAUAUGAACAUAACUUUAUGUGUAAACCACUUUUCAUAACAAUGAAAACAUAAAGCUCAGUGUAACAGUUUUACAGUGACACAACAACAUCACUUUUUCAUGUGGUUCUCCAAGAAACAAUUUUUAUCCUUUGUAAACAACAAAAGUACUUCACACUUCUGGCAGGUCGUUUGUGUGGAGCUGUUCUCACAGUCUGCAUCAUCCACGUUUAUCAGCAUGGAUGGAAAAAAGGCUCCUUGAUUUAAAAAAAGUUCAUAAAAUAUGGAUUUGGAGGUAAUUGUCAUUUCGCUGUUACAAAUCUGCAGCGUCUGUCUGGAGAAGGUUAAACAGCUUCAUGUGACACAUUUUACAUUUGCACAAAAACUUCAUGAAAACUCUCAGCUUCACCGGAAGUUCACGCGCGCUCAGGUGAGAAAAAUUAACUAAUGACGCAGAUGAGGCGCAGGUGCGCAGACACACGCGCACAGACAGACGCACGGCCGCGCGUGAGAUGAGAUGCUCUGAUGAAAGCGCCGUAGUGGCAUUAAAUGUGUUAAAUGUAUUUUUAUUUUUAAUUCACGCCUUAAUAUUGAAUGUGCAGGUUUAUGUGCGCGCGCUUUUACGCACGGCACGCGCACCAGGCGUGACCCCCCCGGAGCAGAAGAGGCGUGACCAUGCGUCACAGCGCCACAGUACUGCUGCGCGAGGGACCCCCACAAAAGCCCCGCGGACACAAGUGAACCCGGGACAGACCAGACCCCGGGACAGACCAGACCCCGGGACAGACCAGACCCCGGGACAGACCAGACCCCGGGACAGACCAGACCCCGGGACAGACCAGACCCCGGGACAGACCAGACCCCGGGACAGACCAGACCCCGGGACAGGAGAGCGGCCGGGUGACACGGGGCUGAGGUCGGGCCGGACGAGGCUGAACCCGGGUCAGAUCUUCAGGGAGGCGGUUCGGGGUCCGGUGCUGCGGUCUGUGCGGUGUGUGCUGCAGGUGGGACCAGGAUGGAGCACCUGCUGGAGAACCUGGCCCGAACUGAGUUCGUCAGCAUCAGUGUGCGAGACCCUCGUGUGUACAAACAGGACGUGUGGCACACGUACCUCGACUACCAGAUCUGCCUAGAGACAAACUCGAUGUGCUUCAGGAGGAAGUGGUCGAGCGUGAGGAGACGCUACAGUGAGUUUGUUUGGCUCCGUCAGAGUUUGCAGCAGAACGGCCUCGUCAUAGAGCUGCCCAAGCUGCCCCCCUGGAUGCCCUUCUUCCACCUGCGCAGCCCCGAGCAGGUGGCCCUCAGGAUGAAGGGCCUGCAGACGUUUCUAGAGACGGUGGUCCAGUGCCCGUUGCUCCUGUCGGACAGUCGCCUGCACCUGUUCCUUCAGUCUGAGCUGAGCGUGAGGAGGAUGGAGCGCUGUGCCCGGGGUCAGACCCGGUACACGGUGGCAGAGGCCAUCCACAGGUCGGGCAGCGCCUGUGUGCCGCCGCUGGAGGAGAGGAGCUGCGACUCCGACUACGAGAGCUGCUCUUCGUCCUCCGUCCUCGGCCUCAGCGUGGACGCGUCUCAGAGCGGACACUUCCUGGAGACGUCCUGUGGCCACGCCCACCGCCUCAGUGAGGGGCGGGGCCUCGGACUGCAGCUGUCCUAAAACUUUUACUUUGAGCAAAUGUUGAAACUUUUAAAGUGUUUAUUGUUCAUAAGCGACAUCUCACUUUGUACAAAAAUAUAUUUAAUGUUUUAAAAGAUGUACAUUUAUGAUAAAGAUUUUCUUAUGGGGCAAUUUUUAUCUUCUGAUGUCCUGAAAUGUGCAAAUAUUUUACAGGAAAAUACUUGGUUUGAAUCAAUUUUUACAAUGUCAAAUAAAUUGUCUUCUUUUUUUGAAGAAAA